AUGCCGACAGAACAGAGGGAGGAGAAGCAGCUUGAGGCAUCAUUAGAUGCACUGCUGAGUCAAGUGGCUGAUCUGAAGAAUUCGCUGGGGAGUUUCAUUUACAAGUUGGAGAAUGAAUAUGACCGGCUGACCUGGCCAUCUGUCCUGGACAGCUUUGCCUUGCUCUCUGGACAGUUGAACACUCUGAACAAGGUCUUGAAGCAUGAAAAGACACCACUGUUCCGUAACCAGGUCAUCAUCCCUCUGGUGUUGUCCCCAGACCGAGAUGAAGAUCUCAUGAGGCAGACUGAAGGACGGGUACCUGUUUUUAGCCAUGAGGUGGUCCCUGACCAUCUGAGAACCAAGCCUGACCCUGAGGUAGAAGAGCAAGAGAAGCAGCUGACAACGGAUGCUGCCCGCCUUGGUGCUGAUGCAGCUCAGAAGCAGAUCCAGAGCUUGAAUAAAAUGUGCUCAAACCUUCUGGAGAAAAUCAGCAAAGAGGAACGAGAAGCCGAGAGUGGAGGUCUCCGGCCGAACAAGCAGACCUUUAACCCAGCAGACACCAACGCGUUAGUGGCAGCUGUUGCCUUUGGGAAGGGGCUGUCUAAUUGGAGGCCUUCAGGCAGCAGUGGUCCUGGCCAGCCGGGCCAGCCAGGAGCUGGGACAAUCCUCGCAGGAGCCUCAGGAUUACAGCAGGUGCAGAUGGCAGGAGCUCCAAGUCAGCAGCAGCCAAUGCUCAGUGGGGUGCAGAUGGCCCAAGCAGGUCAACCAGGGAAAAUGCCAAGUGGAAUAAAAACCAACAUCAAGUCGGCUUCCAUGCAUCCCUACCAGCGGUGAGUGUGGCCGACAACCUCCACUCCCAGGUGCUCUUUGCAGAGUUGGGCAGUGAAACUGCCUUUUGCCCAAAGCUGACCUAGAUGGGUAUAAUAAAAAGAAUACGGGCUUUCAGCCACAGACAGAUCCCAUCUCCACUGCCGACUAGCUGUGUGACCUUGGGCAAGUGACCUAAUUUUUCUGAGCCGGUUUUCUUGUUUAUAAAUGGUGAUAAUACCUACCUCAUAGGGUUGUUGUGAGGAUUAAAAUGGGAAAAUGAAUGUAAAACACUUGGCACAGUCUAUGAAAUAAUGGGUACUCAAUAAAUGAGAGUUUCUACAGCCACUUCUCCCCACUGCCCCCUCUUCAGUCCUCGAUCCAGAACUUAUGCUGAUCUGUUACUGCUUCAUGUCUGUGGUGAGCUGAUGGACACAAGAUCGUGGACCGCCCAGCUCUGUUUGAAAGCCUGUGCUUAUUUCAUGCUGCCAGAAACGGUGACAGCCUCUAUGUCCUUAGAGGCCUACUGUCUCCACAGGCCUUCCUGCCCAGAUUCCAUCCUGGCCAUCUCUCCAAGCUGCAGGUGACGAGGCUUCUGGGCUGAGACAGACUGUGGCUCUGGAGAAGCUCAGGCCUGCUCCACUCUCCAUCCUCUGAGAAGCCAAUUCAGCUCUUAUCUGGGAAAUAGUCACAAAGUACCCUAUCCUUUACCCUACCCUUCACACACGA